AUGCCCAGCUCACUGUUAGCCGACUGCAGCGUGCAGGGAGAUGCGCUGGACGACCAAAGAGCCCUACAGAUUGCUCUAGACCAGCUGUCUCUGCUUGGUUUGACUGCCGACGACAAUCCGCUGUGCGACGACAGCGAUGAACCCAGGAAAAGGAGUGUCAAUAUGACUGAGUGCGUUCCUGUGCCCAGCUCCGAGCAUGUGGCCGAGAUUGUGGGGAGACAAGGUUGUAAGAUUAAAGCCCUGCGAGCAAAGACCAACACCUACAUCAAGACUCCAGUCCGAGGUGAGGAGCCAGUUUUCGUCGUGACGGGCAGAAGGGAGGAUGUGGCGAUGGCCAGGAGAGAGAUCAUCUCAGCGGCAGAGCAUUUCUCAAUGAUCCGAGCUUCCAGAAACAAAAACGCCAGUUCAAACGGGAGCGGCACUCAGAUCCCCGGCCCCCCCAACCUACCUGGACAGACCACCAUCCAGGUGCGAGUCCCUUACCGCGUUGUCGGUCUCGUCGUGGGCCCGAAGGGCGCUACGAUCAAACGCAUCCAGCAGCAGACCCACACUUACAUUGUAACUCCCAGUCGCGAUAAGGAGCCUGUGUUUGAGGUGACGGGGAUGCCGGAAAAUGUGGACCGAGCCCGCGAGGAGAUUGAAGCUCAUAUCGCCGUGAGAACAGGGGGUCUUAUCGAGGUCCAGGAUGUCAACGACUUCCAUGCUAAUGGAACAGACGUGGGGUUUGAUCUGAACGGGCAUCCCGCUAAGUGGUCCAAGCCCAGCGUCAGGACGACCCCCACCUCUGUUCGCAAACCCUUUUCUAAGUACCGCAAUGACUCCUCCUCUUCGCUAGGAAGCGCCUCCACUGACUCUUACUUUGGCACUAACCCUUGCCGCAUGGCGGACAACAGCCCUCCAAGCCCUGCAAUAAGUUACACAACCAACUACAAUAAUAAUAACUACAAUAAAAACAAUAUCAACGUCAACACAAAUGCACAAUUUUUUGUUUAUGCAAAUGAGGCAAUGUCUCCUGACUGCAAUGAUCUGACAUUUGAUUCCCCGCCAGUGCUGGAACCAACGCCAGCCCAACUUGGGAUUUUCUGGUCGCAGUGCGAAAAUCAACCCGUUUCUUUUUCACCUGCCAACUCCAGUGGGGUGAGGGCGAAUCAGAGAAAUAUGAACAAAGACGGCGGAUCCCAGCCCAGAAUUUCAUCGCCUCCCCACAAUGGUACCAAGGAGUACCUGUUAGCCCGCAGUGAAGACCUGCUCAGUUUCUCCGGCUAUGUCAAAACUGUCGUUUCUCUGACCAACUCUCACCUUCCUUGUGUUCCGUUCGACUCCUCUUCGUCAUCCUCCUCUUCCUCAUCCACGAGCCGUAAAGGCAGCCGAGACUGUUCUGUGUGCUUUGAAAGCGAAGUCAUUGCAGCGUUGGUCCCCUGUGGGCACAACCUCUUCUGUAUGGAUUGUGCCAAUCGUAUCUGUGAGCGAAGCGAGCCCAAAUGCCCUGUCUGCCAAAGCAGCGUUACUCAGGCUAUACGUAUAUUUUCAUAA